AUGGGUCAGCGAAAGCGCGGCCGUCCGGGCAAACCGGCCAAGAAAGUCGUUGCCGCACCGCAGCGCUCCUCGACGGUCACCGCCCAGACUAAAAAGCAGAGGGCACGUGCCACAGACAAGUCACCGCAGCGCCAUAGUCGACGCGUUCAAGGACUUCCGGCCGAGUUGUCCGAUAACCAACCUGCACCCGCCGGACAAGGGAACCCUGAGGCUCAAGAGCGUUUAGAAUCCCCUCCACCCGCCGCGGCGACAUCGGCACCCAGGAUCAGCCCUAGUCCUAAGCCGACAGAGAGUCCAAACGGAGGCGCAAGGAGCGAAGACGCUGCGAGUGGUACCACACUUGCCCAAGGACCCGACGACGAGCCGAAAGUCACCGUGACCGAUCAGGAACAGCACAGCGAAGCCCUAGCAACAGUAGCUACCUCAUACGGUGACCGGACAGAAGACUGGGUGAUGAACGGCUCUUUCUCUCCCGGGCCAAUGAUUGAGAACAUGCGAGGCAGGCCUGCACUACAGCCCGACUCUUCCAUCUCUUCUCGCGCUACUGCCCACAGGAGACUGCAGGGCAACAAGAAGAGCUCUGCGCCGAAAUCCAACAAUGCUUCUUCGUCCACGCCAAAGGAGAGCGGGUCGAGCAAUGCUGACUACAAAGCCCACGGCUUCCGUGCGGAAUUGGAGAAAGGUGACCAGGGUGUGCAGCUGUUCCUGCACGAAUAUUGCAAUGACGAAGAAGAUGAAGAGUCUGGCGUCGAUGAUGCAACCGAGGCCUUGCUGAACAGGCUCCACGAGCAAUCCUAUGGUCCGCUAGCCGAUUAUCGAUACCAGACCGACGAGUUCAGAAUGAGACUGGAAAAACUGGAGGACAAGAACGAGCGUGGGGUUGUAAGAACGCUCGACGAGCUCAUCUGCCCUGCAGCCGAAGACCUUGCAGCCCUGACAUACAGGAACACCAAACUGCGCCCAACAUACCGAAAACUCGUCGAUCUCUACUCAGAGCCGUGGGUGAAGACGCGUUCGCCGCUGACGGGAUUCAAGCAUCCCCAGCCAGACCAUUGCGUUGGCUUCCUGCGCCAGGCUUUCUCCGAACCCGAGUGGGGCCUGCUCGACCGCGUGCCCGAAGUCACUGCCGCUGCCACCGAUACCAUGCAUUUUCCUUUUCUGACAUGUGAGGCCAAGUCGUCCAGGGAGCACCUUUUUUACGCCGACAACCAGAACGCAUACAGCAUGAUGGUUGCAGUCUCGUCCGCCGUCAGGCUCUUUAGGGCGGCGAGGAUGGAGGCGAGCGUACAUCGAAAGAUCCUGGCCUUUUCCAUCUCCUACAACAACAAGCACGUCUCCUUGGAUGGAUUCUAUCCCGUCAUCGCCGGCUCGCGCACCGGCAUCUAUCGGAAGCGCAUCUUUGAGUUGCUCAUUUCGCCAGGCUCGUCGAGCAGGUGGCAGUCAUGGUACUUUGUCCGAAGCAUCUACGAGGUCUGGGUGCCCGAACACCUCAACCAUCUCCGCGCUGCGAUAAAUUCCCCCAAGCUCGCCGUCGACCUCAGCAGGGUGCCGGGCAGGACCUCAGCAACGCCUUCGCCCUCCGAUUCUGCCGUGAGAUUGCAGCAGCUUGAACUGCAGAGCCCGGCUCCGAUAGGGGCGCCGUCGGACAACCUCAGUGAGUAUAAUAGUCGAGAUCGAGUAAGACGAGCGGUGACGGAACCGCCUGUGAGUGACAUGAAUCCGAAGAAGCUGAGGACGGCUUAG